CCAGACAUAAGCGAAACAAUAUCAGUUGGUGGGCUACUUUGCGCUCAGGUUCCUUCCCCGGCAAGUUGAGUCCUUCAGCGCGGGUUCUUUUUUUUUUUUUUUUUUUUUUUGGCGCAUCGUUAUUACGCAGCCUACAGCGGAGGAGCACAACGCGCUCCACUUUUAAUCAGAUUAGGAAUCUUUACUAUUCAAUCCAGUGUUUUUUUUUUCUUUCUUUCUUUCUUCGUCCCUACAGUAAGCGGCGCAGGAGUGGCCAAAGCCAAAAGCAGCGAUUCAGAUCAGAUUUCACCUAAACCAGCUGGGAGAGAGACCGACAGAGAGGGAGAGAGAAAGAGAGAGAGAGAGAGAGAGAGAGAGAGAGAACGAGCCGAGAAGGGAAGAGAGAGGGUUUGUCAGUCUCCCUCCUCCCAAAUCCAGUAAAGCUUACCAAGGAAAAAAGGAGGAGUGUCUGGGCUCAGAUAGACGCGAGGAAUCCAGAGGAAUUUCCCGAGGAUAUUUUCUCUUCCUUACACCCCCCCACCCUCCUCCUCUUCACGUCAAAUUAAAAACAACAACAAACAAAAAAGUUGGAGGGGAGGCAGCGGGGACCGUGGUCAGGGAUGGACGAGCAGCCGCGGCUGAUGCACUCCCACGGGGUAGGCAUGGCCGGACACCCCGGCCUGGCGCAGCAUAUGCAGGAUGGCACGGCGGGGACGGACGGAGAGGGCAGAAAGCAGGACAUCGGAGACAUAUUACAGCAAAUCAUGACCAUCACAGACCAAAGCUUAGACGAAGCGCAGGCGAGGAAACAUGCACUCAAUUGCCAUCGAAUGAAACCUGCUCUCUUCAACGUCUUGUGUGAAAUUAAGGAGAAAACAGUGCUCAGUAUCCGCGGCGCCCAGGAGGAGGAGCCUCCAGAUCCCCAGCUGAUGCGACUGGACAACAUGCUUCUGGCAGAGGGCGUGGCCGGACCGGAGAAAGGCGGCGGGUCUGCGGCCGCGGCUGCAGCAGCGGCGGCCACCGGCGGCGUCGGGGCAGACAACUCGGCAGAACACUCCGACUACCGGGCCAAGCUGUCUCAGAUCCGGCAAAUCUACCACACAGAGCUGGAGAAGUACGAACAGGCGUGCAAUGAGUUCACCACCCAUGUGAUGAACCUGCUGAGGGAGCAGUCUCGAACACGACCCAUCUCGCCCAAAGAGAUUGAGCGCAUGGUCAGCAUCAUCCACCGCAAAUUCAGCUCCAUCCAGAUGCAGCUGAAGCAGAGCACUUGCGAGGCCGUCAUGAUCCUGCGCUCACGCUUUCUCGAUGCCAGACGAAAGAGGAGGAACUUCAACAAACAGGCGACAGAGAUCCUGAACGAGUACUUUUACUCCCACCUCAGCAACCCCUAUCCAAGCGAGGAGGCCAAAGAAGAGCUGGCCAAGAAGUGUGGCAUCACUGUGUCACAGGUAUCAAACUGGUUUGGCAAUAAGAGAAUCCGAUACAAGAAAAACAUCGGCAAGUUCCAAGAAGAGGCCAACAUGUACGCAGCCAGGACCGCCGUCAAUGCCACCAGCGUGUCGGCUCACGGCAGUCAGGCCAACUCCCCGUCAACCCCCAACUCAGCAGGUUCUGCUGGCUCUUUUAACAUGUCAAACUCCGGAGACUUGUUCAUGAGUGUGCAGUCCCUCAAUGGGGACUCGUACCAAGGGGGGCAGGUUGGGGCCAACAUACAGUCCCAGGUGGAUACCCUUCGCCAUGUUAUCAGCCAGACCGGAGGAUACAGUGACAGCCUCGCAGCCAGCCAGAUGUACAGUCCGCAGGGCAUCAACGUAAGACCUACAAACGGCGGCUGGCAAGAUGCUCCGACUCCUUCGUCAGUGACAUCGCCCACAGAAGGACCUGGGAGCGUCCAUUCAGAUACUUCCAACUGAAUAUCUCCAUCUCCGCAUCUCAUCCACAAAAAAGAAAACAAAACAUACACUGAUGUCGCUCAGCGCAGUGUUAAAACCAAGGAAUUCACUUUCCCCACAUUUCGGCGAGAUCCUGUGAAAUCCUAACCCUGAACAAAAAAAAAACGUUUCUCGGCUUACAACGUCGGACUUUUGGGAUACAAAUGAGAAGUUUCGCAAGAAAAAUCCAAUAACAUUUCAAUCAGCAGAGGGUUUGUACAGCGUUCACAUUAUAACCAGAGGGCUGGGGUUCCUUAUUCACUUGUAAAUGUUUUCACUCAAUAGGAUGAGAUGAUAAAAUAAAGUAGAUGAAUAAAAUCAUUGGUUUAACUGAAAAUACUUCAUUCUACCUCUCAGCCACUAAGAAGAGUAAAAGAAAAUGUCAGUGACCAUUAUUUGUUUUUUGUAAAAAUGAAACUUUUGUCUUUGCAAACAAGAGGCACAUCUUCUUACAUUUUGUUGUCUCUCACCUACUCUAUGGUACGCCAUUUAGACAUAAAUAUUGCUCAGUUGUUUACAAUGUGUGCUCGAUAAAAGUAUGUUCAUCCUCCCCCUCUGUCUCCGACAAGUCAAAACUGAGCUCUGUCAGGAGAUCUUACCUCUAAGGUAACCCUGUGAAGUAUGUUAUCUGUAAAACAAUGAAAUAAAUACUUCUCAUCAAAUCAGACAAGCUUGACAUCGUUCAUUAAGAUGUGAGGGAUAUCAGUAGAAACUGUCUCACGCAAUCCUGACUUUGCUUCUGCAGUACAGAGGAGGAUGCAAGAAAAGUCUGCAGUACUGUAAAGCCGUUGUUCCUUUUUAAAUCUCCCGGAACAUCUUUCCCCAUUACGAUUUACUGUCUUUCUCUGUCUGAUGAUGCCAAAACGCUCACGUAACCAAAUCCAAACCUAGACGUGUCAUGCGGUGUGUUAUUUCAUCAAAUAUUUGCUACACUUAUUUCUUUAUCAGCUCAUCUACAUGGCUCCUUUAAAAAUAGUGGUGAUUUUUAGGAGCCUAGAAGUCUAAAUUUCAACAGGAGAGAAGUUUGUCAUAAUGGUUUGUAACGGAUUUUUUAAUACACAGAGACGAGACCCACCGAUACAGAGACAUCUUUGUGUUAGCAGAGCUUUCGUUGCAGUUUUUCCACACAGUGAAUCCUUGCUCCUGAUUCUAAAGCACAGCUCCGGAGCCUCCAAGCAUGAAGUCACUGGUUAUCAUAACAAAAAGAAGUCUGAACUGCGGCUCAGCUGAUGGACAUGUAAAGAAGAGUACAUUCUCCAUUUUGUCUAACUUCAUCUUCUGGAGCGCAUUCGCCUAUGGUCAGUUAUGUCAAUCGGCGGGUACUUUAGCGAUAUUAAAAAUAAACAUGAAGUUCAUUAUGACACUUAUGAACAAAUGUUGAUCAUCACGCAUCCGAGAUUGGACAUAUUAUGUCAAAUAAUUGUGUUUUCUAAGCAGCCCAACCUUGUUUAUAGUUAUUUUUUAUGUUGUGUGACUUACCUUUUUGUAUUUGAUUUUAUUGGCAUGCUUAUUGCUUUUUUGGGGUCCUCUGUUCUCGUGAUUUAGCUCAUGAAUUUUCAACAUCUGUUUCUGUGCACCUGUUGUGCUUGACUUGCCUUGUUGCAAAGGGUUUUCAACACAUUAAAAUAAUAUGUACUACAGUGCAGUCA